CGCUUCUACUGUUGUAUUCAGAUGAAUCUCGAACAGAAGAAGCACUUCUACGCAACACUCUUUUGCAAGUGACUGCACAAUGCCUUUCUCUUUUUGACCCAAUAACUUAACCCAAUUUUACGUCUACUAUGUCUUAUUCGUCAGCCUCCUCCGUUUCCACUACUUGCUCGAUCGCGACCAAUGGAGACUCUAGGCAACCAUUGCGCAACUCCGCCGCCGGAGUUGCUCGUCGRUGGUUUCCGUUGACCUGCAACAAGUGCCAGCAGCCUGUGGAUUCGACUGUGUUUGUUUGUUCGUGCAAAUGCAUGUUUUGCGAGGACUGCACCUACAGCCAUUUCCAUUCUAGCCCCAAUUGCCCGGGCUGCGGGACCGUGCUUGGUGAAAACGACUUCACGGAGGUAGCAAUUUCCGAUCCUAGUAGCACUCUGGCGAACAAUCCCGAUCAAGUGUUGCAGAACUUACUCACGAAGGCGUCCAACCAGCCCGGUUCUCCGAUCACUUGGAACGACGUGUGCGCCGCCACCAUCCGAGAGCAAGAUGCCCUCCUUUCCAACGUGAGGUUUUUCGUGAAUCAGUUUGUUCGAGAAACGCAGAGAAGUGUGCAGGAAGGAAAAAGAGCAAAAGCUGAGAUUCAGGCCUAUCGAAAACAACUAGUGGCCAUCAAAGAUGACGUCACCUCUCUCAAGAGACAAUUGGAAGAAAACGCAGAGAGGAUACACCUCAAGGACCGACAGCUCGCCUCCAAAGACCGUCAAAUCCAACAGCUGAAAAGCGUACUAGCUCGCAGCACAAACAAUGGCACCGGAAACAWCUCGACGGGAUGGAAGCAAYCGCMGAGUCUGGGAUCUGUUCUAYCGUCGGUAGGYAUUCCAAAAUCUGCUUCAUCGUCCAAUCGCCGUGCUUCGGGGAUUCGCCACCCGACGCCGGCUGGGUUUGGCAACUAUGUCCGCAAGAAGGAAGCUCGAGAACUGGAACAAGAACGAGAUCUGAUGAACCUCACACGCAAAACAAACCCGAUGAUGAGCUACAGCGGUCGAUAGCUAUCAACGUCAUUUYYUCAAUUUUGAAUUCUGCUAGARCUAGCAAGCUAGCUAUUCGAAAAMUGAUUUGAGAGCUAUUCAGACUUAUUUCARAUCACG